AAACCAGGCCACUGACCUUUUUACUUGAGUGUAAAAGAAAUGGCUGCUAAAGCUCUCAUCGUCUUUGCUUUGUUCUUCUUCUCAGCUGUGUCGUUUAAUCCAGCUUUUGCAGACGAAAAUGAAGAAAAUCCAGGUCUUGCAAUGAACUCUUACAGGGACACGUGUCCCCAAGCUGAAGACAUCAUUAAAGAACAAGUUCGUCUUCUUUACAAAAGACACAAGAACACUGCUUUUUCAUGGCUCAGAAACAUCUUCCAUGACUGUGCUGUUGAGUCAUGUGAUGCUUCACUGCUGUUGGAUUCGACGAGGAGGGUGUUGUCGGAGAAGGAGACAGACCGGAGCUUUGGUUUAAGGAACUUCAGAUACAUUGAGACCAUCAAAGAAGCUGUAGAAAGGGAGUGUCCUGGAGUUGUUUCUUGUUCGGAUAUUCUUGUUCUCUCUGCUAGAGACGGCAUCGUUUCGCUAGGAGGUCCUUACAUCCCACUAAAAACAGGAAGAAGAGAUGGAAGAAGGAGCCGUUCAGAUAUGGUUGAGCGGUUCCUUCCAGACCACAACGAAAGCAUCUCUGUAGUUCUCGAAAGGUUCGGUUCAAUGGGUAUCGACACAGCCGGUGUUGUUGCCUUGCUAGGAGCUCACAGUGUUGGCAGAACCCACUGUGUGAAGCUGGUGCACCGUCUCUACCCAGAGGUUGACCCAGAGCUGAACCCUAACCAUGUCGAGCACAUGCUGUACAAGUGUCCUGAUGCAAUCCCAGACCCUAAGGCAGUUCAGUAUGUGAGAAAUGACCGUGGUACCCCCAUGGUUCUUGAUAACAAUUACUACAGAAAUAUUUUGGACAACAAGGGUUUGUUGAUUGUUGAUCAUCAGCUAGCUACAGACAAGAGGACUAAGCCUUUUGUGAAGAAAAUGGCUAAGAGUCAGGACUAUUUCUUUAAAGAGUUUUCCAGGGCUAUUACUAUUCUGUCUGAAAACAAUCCACUCACUGGUAAUAAAGGUGAGAUCAGAAAGCAGUGUAACGUGGCUAACAAGCUUCACUAGAACCCCUUAAUUAUGUGUAAGAAUAAGGUGCAGUUUCUAGUUUGGUUUUGAGCACUUGCUGUUUAUGAGUGGGGGUGAUUACUUUGGUUAUCUAGGGUUUGCUUCUCGAGCUGUUGAUGAUGGGAGUGGGCUGUGUGUAUGUAUGGAUGGAUGGUGUGUAUGGAUGUAUGAUGCAUGUAUUUCAAUUAUGAUAAGUUAUUGAUAAUUCAUGCUUCUUUUUCAA